AUGACGGGCGAUAACUGGGGCCCCCAGGCAUCCAUUCCAUACCCGCGUCACCGCGCCCCCACUUUUAAAUGGAACGUGAAAAAUACAAAUACCCGGAGAAAUGAAUAUCCAACGUGCGCCAAUCCCAGAGGUGACCUUCCGACGUGGGACAAAUCUAGAGAUAACCCUCCAACUUCUGCCAAACCCAAAGCUAACCCCCACAAAGUGAGCCUCAAACGUGUGGCAAACUCGGAGGUGAUCCUCCAAAAUGCGGCAAACCCAGGGGUGACCCUCCAACGUGCUGUAAACUCAGAGGAGACCCUCCAACGUGCAGCAAACCCAGAGGUGACCAUCCAAUAUGAGAAAAAAUCCAGAGGUGACCCUUCAACGUGCGGUAAACAGAGACAUGACCUUCCAACGUGCGGAAAACCCAGAGAUGACUCUCCAUCGUGCGCCAAACUCAAAGGUGACCCUCUAACGUGCGGCAAACCCAGAGGUGACCCUCCAACUUGCGGCACACCCAAAGCUGACCCUGCAACAUGCGUCGAACCCAGAGAUGUCCCCUUCAACUUGCGGCAAACUCUUCGUGACCCUCCAACGUGCGCCAAACCCACAAGUGAUUAUCCAACGUGCGGCAAAUCUCAAGAGGUGGCCCUCCAACAAGAGGUAAAUUCAAAGGUGACCCUUAAACGUGCUGCAAACCCAGACGUGAUUCUCCCACGUGCAGUAAACUCAGAGGUGACUCUCCAACGUUCGCCAAACUCGGAGGUGACCCUCCAACGUGCGCAAAACCCAGGUUUUUACACUCCAACGUGCGGCAAACACAAAGGUGACCCUCCAACAUGUAGAAAACCCAAUGAUGAACCUCCAACGUGUGACAAACCCAGAGGAGAACUUCUAAUGUGCAGCAAACCCAUAGAUGAUUCUCCAGCGAGCGUCAAAGCCAAAUGUGAUCCUUCAACAUGCGGGAAACCCAGAGGAGACCCUCCAACCAAGCCCAGAGGUAACCCUCCAACGUACGGUAAGACCAGAGGUGACCCACCAACGUACGGCAAGACCAGAGGUGACCCACCAACGUACGGCAAGACCAGAGGUGACCCACCAACGUACGGCAAGACCAGAGGUGGCCCUCCAACGUACGGCAAGACCAGAGGUGACUCACCAACGUACGGCAAGACCAGAGGUGACCCUCCAACGUACGGCAAGACCAGAGGUGACCCACCAACGUACGGCAAGACCAGAGGUGACCCUCCAACGUACGGCAAGACCAGAGGUGACCCUCCAACGUUCGACAAAACCAGAGGUGACCCGCCAAUGUGCGGCAAAUACAAAGGUGGACCUCCAACGUGUGCCAAACCCCCGAGGUGA